GCAAAUGUGUCACACAGUGGACGCGGCCUCUAUACUGUGCGUCAAGAAUCGAAACUAAAAAUGCUUCGAAUGGGAAAACAAAAGAGAACUUGACAUAUAUAACAGAGUGCGAAUCAUAAAUCACCGCUCCUCAUAUUCGAAUGAGGAAGAGCAGAAUUGGUCUCGUAGUCCUUUUGGUUUCAUAAAUGAAAUGGCGGGGGGUACAAGGCACAAGAAUAGUGUGUGACAGGAGAUUUGGGGUCUGACAGCGGGAUGGCCCACUUUGAUACAGAGUACCAGCGCCUGGAGGCGUCCUACAGCGACUCCCCUCCUGGAGAAGAGAAUCUACUGGUGCAUGUUCCAGAGGGAUCUAAAUCUCCGUGGCACCACAUUGAAAAUCUAGACCUUUUCUUCCAGAGAGUCUAUAAUCUACACCAGAAGAAUGGAUUUACUUGUAUGCUUCUGGGAGAAAUAUUUGAGCUUGUGCAACUGGUGUUUGUGGUGGCAUUCACAGUGUUCCUGGCUAACUGUGUGGACUAUGACAUCCUUUUUGCCAACAAGUUUGUUAAUCACACUGAUUCCUCAAAGGUUACGCUGCCCGAUGCGUUUCUACCAGUGGACGUGUGCAGUGCUCGGAUCCGUGACAGUGUUUUGGUCAUCUUCAUCCUUGUCAUAUCAGGGGUAUUUUGGCUCCACCGUCUCGUCAAGUUCAUCUACAACAUCUGUUGCUACUGGGAGAUCAGAUCAUUUUACAUCAGUGCCCUAAAAAUGUCCAUGACGGACCUUCCUUAUUUCACCUGGCAGGAGGUGCAGGCAAGGAUUGUUGAAAUACAGAAGGAGCACCAGAUUUGCAUCCACAAAAAAGAACUAUCAGAGCUUGACAUCUACCAUCGCAUACUGCGUUUCAAAAACUACAUGGUCGCAAUGAUCAAUAAGUCACUUCUACCUGUGCGCUUUCGUUUGCCUCUGCUGGGCGACACCGUUUUUUACACCCGUGGCCUCAAGUAUAACUUUGAGUUGAUUUUCUUCUGGGGCCCUGGAUCUCUUUUUGAAAAUGAGUGGAGUUUGAAGUCAGAGUACAAACGUGGAGGGAACCGUUUAGAGCUAGCAGAUCGUCUGAGCUCACGGAUCUUGUGGAUUGGAAUUGCCAACCUUCUCUUGUGUCCAGUUAUCCUGAUUUGGCAGAUUCUCUACGCGUUCUUCAGCUACACUGAGGUGAUCAAGCGUGAGCCGGGAAGCCUGGGUGCUCGAUGUUGGUCUCUGUAUGGCCGUUUUUACCUCCGACACUUCAAUGAACUAGACCAUGAGCUGAUGUCACGCCUCAGCAAGGGCUACAAGGCCUCCUCGAAAUACAUGAACUGCUUCAUGUCACCAUUACUGACGGUGGUGGCCAAGAACGUGGCAUUCUUUGCUGGCUCCAUACUUGCAGUUUUGAUUGCUUUGACUAUUUAUGAUGAAGAUGUAUUGGCUGUGGAACACGUGCUCAGCAGUAUCACAUUACUUGGGGUCUGCAUCACAGUCUGCAGGUCGUUUAUCCCAGACAAGCAUAUGGUGUUCUGUCCAGAACAGCUGCUUAAAGUGAUCCUGGCACACAUCCACUACAUGCCUGAUCACUGGCAGGGUAAUGCCCACCGCUAUGAGACCAGAGAUGAGUUCGCACAGCUCUUUCAGUACAAGGCUGUGUUUAUUCUUGAGGAGCUUUUGAGUCCUGUCAUCACUCCCUUCAUUCUCAUUUUUUGCUUGCGCCGCAAAUCUCUGGAGAUCAUCGAUUUUUUCCGAAACUUCACUGUGGAUGUGGUCGGUGUCGGUGAUACUUGCUCUUUUGCACAGAUGGAUGUCCGUCAACAUGGUCAUCCUGCAUGGAUGUCUGCUGGGAAAACAGAGGCCUCCAUCUAUCAGCAGGCAGAAGAUGGGAAGACAGAACUGUCACUCAUGCAUUUUGCGAUCACAAAUCCACACUGGCAGCCCCCUCGGGAGAGCACACAUUUCAUCAGUCUUCUGAAAGAGAAGGUGUACCGUGAGGCCGCCGGAGGACAGCAGGGAGUCAUAGCAGAGAAUCCUGUCUUUACCUCAACACAUUCAUUACAGUCUGAUUCAGAGCCUCGCAGUCUUAUUGCAAAUCUUCUUAUCGGACCCCCUUCUCUGGCCUCGUUGCAUCUGGGUCGAGAGGGCUCCAUCAAUCCUGUGUCCAUUGGAGUGAGUGAGGGAGCAUCUGCUCUCCGAUCCCUCUCUCCUCUCAGCACGAGUCUACACCUCCGAGGCAGCUACCCAUCUGCCAGACUGCCACGACCGGAUCAUCCAGCUGUGGUGGCUGGGCGAGCAAUGACAGGCUCUAGCACUGAUGCCCGUACCAUCAGCUCUGGCAGUAGUGCCUGGGAAGGCCAGUUAACCAGUAUGGUCCUAUCAGAAUAUGCCUCCACAGAGAUGAGCAUUCAUGCUCUCUACAUUCAUGAGAUGCAUAAGCAGCAAUCGCGAGGUGAGCUGUCUCGACACACCUGGCACCGACAGGAGAGUGACGAGAGCAGUGAGAGUGUCAAUGAAGACGUGGAAGCUGCUCGCAACUUCCCUCGUUCCAGCACUUUCCCUUGUGCCUCCACCUCACACCAGCAGGGGGAAGCACAGCAGAGCGGCAGCCAGCGGCGCUUCGGCGGAACCUCAGAUCCUGUUUCUGGAAGCUUUCGAGUCCAGAGGACACCUCGUAUGCCUAUGGGUGGCUGGUCUGAGGAGAACCAAAUGGGCCGGCAUCAUGACCCAGUGCCUGAGGAGGGGUCUGAGGACGAGCUACCACCACACAUCCAUAAGGUGACUUAACAUGUAUAUCGUACAUGAAGUUCACAAGUGAGACUCGCACCAUCCAGUUUCUUUUGGACACUUUGGAUCACAAAAGUCAUAUUUAUUGACUCCUGAACAGAACUUGAGAGUCCGAGCCUUAAUCAUUAUAUGUCACAGCGUGGCAUCGUAUCAAAAUUUCAAAAUGCAUUACAAUGGUUUGAGAUUUUUAGGGAUUGAUACACUGAAGUACAUCAUCAAAAUAUUCAAUUAUUCAUACAUUUACAUAUUGACCUACUUGAUAGAAGAUGUAAAAUUGGUCCUGUUAAUUCUUUUUUUUUUUUGUUGCCAUUUCAUUGUGAAUAGGAAAGUCUAUUUGCAAACUGGACUAAGCAGCUGACAGAAAGCCUUCCCAUUAGUCCUUCGAGUAAACGGUCUAGUAGGAUUGCGCUCAGCUGACCUUGACUUUUCUGUUCUCGUCAAAAAGUACAGGUCGGUGUUGAUGUAAGAAGUUUGUGCUUAGAAUUUCUGAGCUACUUUGAAUAGUUUUCAUAGGAUGAAGAAAUAUUUAUAACAUGCACUGUGCCAUUAUGAACUUUAACGCUUUGCAAAAUUAGAUUUUAUUGUCAAACCCAGAUUUCUGUGAGGAGGAAAAACCACUGAAGAUCAGUCAAGCAUGGCACUGUAAAAAUAAUGCAUGCGCAUGAUCUUAAGUUUUAUUAUUUGCACAAUAUCAAACAAGAAUGCACUUUAUCAUUUUUCAGAUCCAAAGGAUGACUCAAAGGCAGUGGGCAAAUCAGAUUUCUUGUCUUUAAAAACAUGCAGUUAUAAAGGAAGUUGUAUAUUUCUGUCUAUAGGAUAAAACCCUGGGAUUUUGUCAGUAACAUUUUCAGUUUAUUUACCAUGGCUCAGGUGAAUAAAACAAGAUUUGUGAGAAUGGGGGGUUUAAGUGUUAUAUAUUACAGAUAUCUCAGGACCGGCUUGUUUUUGGCACUGAAGUUGCCCAAAAAGUGCAUGACACUUAUUGGGUGAUUGACUGCUGCACCUUCCAUCCUCAAACCCAUAACUACUAAGAGGAAGUAGACAAACCUUUGUGUAAUUUGUGUGCGACUGCAAAGAUGUUUGGAUCUCAUUCAUAGACCGUCACUACAUAAAAUGGAAAAAGUGUACAUUUUGUUUCACAUGAACUGACAUUUCUCAUAUCUCACACUGCUCACAUACAUUGUGCUUAUGUAGUGUUCAAGGUGCAAAUUGUGCAUGACCCUUGACCUUUAUUCUGGUAUGCGUUUGUAAUAAUUGGCCUGUAAAAUGCUUCUGUGACCUUAACUAAUCUAGCAACUGCAGCUGUGCAUUUUCCAUUAUCUUUUGUUUUCAGUUUUCUAGACUGUGUUGUAUAUUUACAUUUUGUACAGUUUAAAAUGCAUCAAUAAAAUGUAUUUAAUA